GCUCACACUUUCACACACUCCACUGCUCGCUCCUAGCUGUAGCCCUCCUUUAUAACGCGGCGAGGCCAGUGCGAAUCCGAGACCCCAAAGGACGCCUCACUCCCCUCCCCUCUCGAGAUCCCCUCGGAAUCGGAGCUCAGCUCCCCCGGCCGGCGAGUUUGCUCUAGGUGCGCGCCUGUGUGACCAAGCUGCAACCUUUGGGUUGUUUGGUCGGUGGACUCGAUAUAAACAAGCCGCGUGGAGUGGGAGGUGAGCUCGUCCUGUACAUGCCAGAGUAGGUUUAAUGGCAUUUGGCCGAGGUGCAAAGAUGGACGGGAGGCGGCCUUCGUCGCCAUCCUCGUCGUUGUGCACGACGACCACCGUCGUCGUUUUUGUGGCGCUCUGCCUGGUCGGUGCCUGGAUGAUGACAUCGUCCACCGUCUUCCCACUAGAGGUAUCCUCUUCAAAUAAGAAGUCGGAACCAUUAGAUGCGUCGUCAAAUAAGAAACCAGAGGUAAGGGAUCAGCGUGCAGCUGUUGAUUUUGGCGCAACCGAGGAGUCACCAUCUGGCAAUGCUGGUGGAAGUUCGGCGAAAUUCGAGGAUACCGACAAUAAUGAUAAUGUUCCAGAUGAGUCGCACAAUAACAGGGAUGCUCCUGAGGAAGAGAAGUUCACUGAGGACACAAUGGAGAAGCCUGUGGAGAGGACUGAGGAAAAGGAAGCACCAAAAGAAAAAGAUGAGGUUAAGGAUUCAUUUGAUGAUGCAAAUGGAAAAUCAGAGGUAAAGAAUUCGAAGGAGGGUGGGGAAACUGGGCGUUCUGGUGACGAGGAGGGGAAAGACAAUGAGACCACAACUGAAAAUGAUGUUGAUCAAUUCAAUGGAGAGAAGAAGGAAGAUCAAGAAGGAAAGUCUGGUGAUGAUGCCAUGCAAGAUGCAACUGAACAGCCUCAAAUAGAAGAGAAAGUUGAAGAAAGUGGAGAGAAGGAACAGGCUGCGAAGGCUAACGAGGUGUUUCCUGAUGCGGCUCAAUCUGAACUUCUGAAGGAGUCGAAUACUGAGAAUGGGUCAUUCUCUACGCAGGCAGCAGAGUCAAAGAAGGAGAAGGAAGCCCAAGCAUCAUCAAAAUCUUCAGGUGAUGGAAUCACAUAUAGCUGGAAACUAUGUAAUAGCAGUGCCGUGACAGAUUACAUACCUUGCCUUGACAAUGAGAAGGCUAUUAAGAAGCUUCAUUCUACAAAACAUUAUGAACAUCGUGAGAGGCAUUGCCCUGACGAGCCUCCGACUUGCCUUGUUCCACUUCCAGAAGGAUAUAAGCGGCCCAUCGAGUGGCCCAAGAGCAGGGACAAGGUAUGGUACAGCAACGUCCCUCACACCAAGCUUGCAGAGUACAAGGGCCAUCAAAACUGGGUUAAAGUUUCUGGGGAUCAUCUCUUGUUUCCUGGGGGCGGGACACAGUUCAAGAAUGGCGCACUCCACUACAUCGAUACUAUUCAGCAGGCAUUACCUGAUAUUGCAUGGGGUAAACGAAGCCGUGUCAUUCUAGAUGUUGGUUGUGGGGUUGCCAGCUUUGGAGGCUACAUGUUUGAUAGAGAUGUGCUCACAAUGUCAUUUGCUCCAAAAGAUGAGCAUGAAGCUCAAGUACAGUUUGCGUUGGAGAGAGGAAUUCCAGCAAUAUCAGCUGUAAUGGGCACCAAGAGACUUCCAUAUCCCAGCAGGGUUUUUGAUGUCAUUCAUUGUGCUCGCUGCAGAGUCCCUUGGCACAUUGAAGGUGGCAAGCUUUUGCUGGAAUUGAACCGACUACUACGCCCUGGUGGUUACUUUGUGUGGUCCGCCACUCCUGUUUACCAAAAGCUCCCUGAAGAUGUUGAGAUAUGGAACGCCAUGUCUUCUCUGACAAAAUCCAUGUGCUGGAAAAUGGUUAAGAAAACAAAGGAUACACUAAAUCAAGUUGGUAUGGCCAUAUAUCAGAAGCCAAUGGACAACAAUUGCUAUGAGAAAAGAUCAGAAGACAGCCCUCCAUUAUGCAAGGAAACUGAUGAUGCAGAUGCUUCAUGGAAUAUUACAUUACAAGCAUGCAUACAUAAAUUGCCUGUUGGUCCAUCAGUGAGGGGGUCAAAAUGGCCAGAGUUUUGGCCUCAAAGGCUUGAGAAGACCCCCUUCUGGAUCGAUGGCUCUCAUGUUGGAGUUUAUGGAAAACCAGCAAAUGAAGACUUUGAGGCAGAUUAUGCACACUGGAAGCGUGUUGUAAGUAAAUCUUACGUGAAUGGCAUGGGAAUCGACUGGUCUAAAGUGAGAAAUGUCAUGGACAUGAGAGCUGUAUAUGGCGGUUUUGCUGCAGCUCUGAGGGGCCAGCGACAAGUCUGGGUUAUGAAUAUUGUGCCAAUUGAUUCUCCUGACACACUGCCCAUAAUUUAUGAGCGUGGCUUGUUUGGAAUGUAUCAUGAUUGGUGUGAAUCUUUCAGCACUUACCCAAGAACAUAUGACCUACUGCAUGCAGAUCAUCUGUUUUCAAAGCUGAAAAAGAGAUGCAAAUUGUUGGGAGUCUUUGCCGAGGUUGACCGGAUAUUGAGGCCAGAAGGCAAAUUGAUUGUGAGGGAUAGCGCAGAGACAAUAAUCGAACUCGAAGGCAUGGCAAAGUCCCUACACUGGGAGGUAACCAUGACCUACGCCAAGGGCAACGAGGGUUUGCUGUGCGUCCAGAAAACCAUGUGGCGGCCCAAGGAGAUCGAAGCAAGCAUGUGAUAUAUAUGUUCCAAGAUAAAUUGUUACUUGUUUAGGGGUACACUAGUCUGAAUUUUGGCUCCAGAUAAGCAUAUGAUUCUUUCCGAUGCUGAAGGCAAAAUGCUUUGGUGCAGCUGUAGAAUAAUGUGUUUGAGUGUACUCUUCAUUCUUUCUGAGCUUGAACAACAUUGUUGUAAAAUGUAACGUUGUACUGGAAGUCAAUAGUUAGAGCCAGAGAAGGCACAAUUCUUCAGGAAAACCUCACUACAGCUACAUGUAUGCGAUGACAGUCCCAUAUUCUUGAAUACAUGGAUGCCCACACACAAAGGAACUUCAAUGCA